GUUCACAGCGAGCACCCCCGCCCGCUCCCACCACCAGCACGGUGUGGGUCCUCUGAUUCCCUGAAAGCAAUCACAGAGGGCUUUCUAGGCGACACUGCACUUGAACUAAGCCCCAAAGGCUAAGUGGUGCUCCCCAGGUAGGCAGGGUGGGGAGGCCGGACCAGGCAGAAGGAAAGGUAGCAACAAAGGCACACAGGUGUGAAGGAGCAAUGUGAUUGGGGGGGGGAGGGGUGCAGGUCUUAGGGGGCUUCAUAAACCCUGCUGUGGAUGGAGCUUGAACUUGAUCUGGUUUUUUGUUUGUUUGUUUGUUUUUUAAGAUUUUAUUUAGUUGAAAGGUAGAGUUACCAAGAAGUAGAAGCAGAGAGAGAUAGACAGAAAGAAAGGUCUUCCAUCUGCUGGUUCACUCCCCAAAUGGCCUCAAUGGCCGGAGCUGGGCCAGGCUGGAGCUUCUUCUGGGUCUCCCACACUGGUGCAGUGGCCCAAGGACUUGGGCCAUCCUCUACUGCUUUACCAGGCCAUAGCAGAGAGCUGGAUUAAAGGUGGGCCAGCCGGGACUCGAACCAGUACCAAAACAGGAUGCUGGCACUGCAGGCGGCUGCUUUACCCACUACACCACAGCGCAGACUCCAACUUGAUCUUGUAGGUCACUGGGAAUUUUUAAAGAGUUUGGGCUGGCGAGUGACACAAAGUUUUGCUUUUAAAAAAGAUGACUCGGGCGACAGGAAGGGAUCAGCAAGACUGAAGGCAGGAGCAUGGGUCAGAGCCGUAAAGGUGAGAGACGUAGGAAGGGCAAAUCACAGAAGUACAGGACUUUGCCACUGGUGGUGCAUGGCGGGCCGGGCAGGACAGGAUACUGCAGUAGUUCCCAAGUUUCUGGUGUGGGGAACUGGUGGGGGUGGUGUUCAGGGCGAUGUCUUCUGGUAGUUGUCACGUUCAUGUUUGUAUUACUCAGUUUUUGCCACUAUAACUAAACAGCCGAGAGGAGCUACUUGGGAAGGCAGAUUUACUUCGGCUCACGGUUUUGGAGGCUCACAGCCCAAGAGUAGGCUGGCACCACCGGUGCCAAGGCUGGUGAGGGUGGAGGAUGGGGCGCAGCACGGACAGAGGAAGGAUCACAUAGCAAGCCAAGGAGAGCAAGCAGCUGGGCCCACUCUGAGGAGAGCCCCAUCCCCAGGACACACCCCGGUGACCUAAGGACCUCCCACGGGGGAGUCAUCUCCUAAAUAAUCAAACUGAAGCUCCGCCCUCUCCUAUCAGUACCACCUCAGGGCCCAGCCCUUAACACAUGGCUUUGUGUGGGACACCACAAUUAAUAUCCAAACUACGGCAACGUUUAUUGUCUGUUUCUAGCCUUGGACAGCUCCCCAGUCAAUGAACCGCAACACCUAGCACAGGACCCGAUGCACGUUAGGCAGACAAUGAAUGGGUGAACAAGCCAACUCAGGUAGAAUCUUCCUUGGCGUCAUUAAUACACUCACCAGAUCCCGGCUGAAUGCUAAGCACUGUCCUCACGAUCCCCUAGUGAGGGAGGCAGAAGCUAAAUAACCACAUGGAGAGGGGAAAAAACCUGUGACCAAGGCUGCAAGGGGAAGUGCGGGGUGCUGAGGUGUGCAGCCCCCAGUUCACAUGGGAGGGCUUCCUGGAGCAGGACGGGGAAGAGCCUGCAAAGUGGACAAGGACAGGAAGCAGCCUUCGCCACAGUCUUUUUUUUUUUUUUUAAGAUUUAUUUAUUUAUUUAUUUGAAAGUCUGAGUUACACAGAGAGAGGAGAGGCAGAGAGAGAGAGAGAGGUCUUUCAUCCGAUGGUUCACUCCCCAAUUGGCCGCAUGGCCGGAGCUGUGCCAAUCUGAAGCCAGGAGCCAGGAGCUUCUUCCGGGUUUCCCACACGGGUGCAGGGGCCCAAGAACUUGGGCCAUCUUCUCCUGCUUUCCCAGGCCACAGCAGAGAGCUGGAUCGGAAGAGGAGCAGCCGGGACUAGAACCGGCGCCCCUAUGGGAUGCUGGCACUUCAGGCCAGGGCGUUAACCCACUGCGCCACAGCGCCACCCCUCGCCACAGUCUUAAGGAGGGAAUGAGCUUGCUGCAGUCUUCGGAGAGACUGCAGGAUGGUGGGUGAGCCCGGGGUGCAGCUGCUGGCCUCUUCUUGUCAGUGGUGGCCAGAGCUUUCCCAGGAUCUGCCAGGGAUGGAGAGCACAGGCCGGCCAGCCUGAGCGUGCUGGAACUGGCUCUGCUGUGGGCGUCUCCAUGUCCAGAAAUCCUGAGCCUGGCCACUUUUUCCCUGGACCAGUAUCAUUCAGAGAGCUGGUCACUGCAAGUCGCUCUGCCUGGGAGCUACUGGGAUGGUUCCAGAGCAGGGCGACAGGGGCAGGAGCCCAAAACGGGGACUUCUGUAAGAGAUGAGCUCAGUGCGGCCACAGCUAUGGGCUUCACCUGGCGGGGCUGGGUGGCCCCCAGGCAGCUCAGAGGGAUGGUGGCCACUGCCUCUUCCCAGUAGCCCUCCUCAACCCGCAAGCAGGCCAGGUCCAGUUCUAGCAGGCUUGCAGCUAGCAAUCUGGCUCUGACUGGAGGAAGAGUCUAGAAGGCCAGACUGAUGGUUGGAGAGACAGAGCUGUGUUUAUCCAGGAAAAGAAGUCAGACGUAGGCAGCAGAGGCCCCUGCCAGCUCCUCCCAGGACAGGGCUGGGGGAGCAAGCUGGAGAGGAAGCUGCUCCCCUAGGGCUCCGAGCGCCUCCGGGCCAGAGGCCAGGCCCCAGCAGCCGCCCACAGGUAAGGCCUGCACUCCGGGCACAGGACUGGGCCGGGCGUGGGCCGGAGCACCCAGCCAGAUCAACGGAACAGUCGCACUCCCGGUGGCCCGGCGCAGGGGGGCGGUGAGCACGGCGCGGCGGAGCCUUCCGCAGCGGGCUCUGGGGUGGCAGGGAAUCAAUGCCGCCUUUGUGCCCGGUGGUUUCCUAGGGGAAAAAAGAAGUGGACGGUGGGAGGGGCGGCCCGGCUCCGCCCUACAGACGCGGGAUGCGGCAGAGCUAGGAGGCUGGGCUGCGGGACGCUCACCGCUACAGAGGGCCUUGAGGGGUGGGAUCCGUGUCCCCGAAGGGUGCGUCCCCUUGAACUGGCCCUGGGUGUCCUCCGGUCAGCAGCCAGGUGUGUGCUCUGCCGGCCAGGGGCAGAUCUGAGUCCCCUUGUGGCCGGAGGGAGGAGCCAGAGGUGGCAGGUGGAGCGAGGCCGCCCACAGAAGCCGGGCAGCGGAGGGAGUGGUCAGGAGAGGAGCCCGCGUCCGCAGUGUGGGCGGGGGAGGGGCGCUGAGCCCGCCCGGGGCUGUGUCCCUUCGAGGGGAGCGUGUGUGCCCGCGGGGUCAGCAACCGCGGUGGUGACCACAGAACUCUGGUUCUUGACUCUACGAGCCGUGCCCGAGGGCUUUAGUGGGUGUGCCCGCCCCUCUGGCCCUGGGGGUGCCAGUGGGGGCGUCUGUGAACGCGAGUGACUGACCGGUCGUGGGUCCCCGUCACUCCCCUCACCCCCGUCCCCUGGACUUCGCCGCCCUUUCUUUUUCCUGGGCCGCACAGCCCGCGGGGGUGUGCGGACAAAAGCCUGGGUGUGCCCGCAGCAUCGCCCACCGGCGGCCUCUUUCCUCUCCUUGCCCAGCGCAGCUCCGCGCCGCCCUCGCGGCCGACUCGCCGGAUUCGGACCCUCCGGGCGCCGCGGAGGCUCGUUACCCACCUCAGCGCCCUCUGCGGCCCCACCCCCGGCAUGUGGCUCUUGGAGAAGGCGGGCUACAGAGUGGGCACCGCAGAGCCGCGGGCCCGCUGGGCGCCCUCCAGCCUGUUCCCUAAGCGCCGCAGCCCAGCGCCCGCGAUGCGCGCCUGCCCCAACGUCCUCACGCCGGAUCGCAUCCCGCAGUUCUGCAUCCCGCCUCGGCUUCCGGACCCAGGCGGCGCCGAGCCCCAUGCCGGGCGCGACGUGUGCGUCCGCGGCCUCCCCGCCGCCUGCUCGCUGCCGCACCUGGCGGGCCGCGAAGGCCUGGCCUUCCUGCCCGAGAGCCCGCACACGCGACGGCGCGAGUCGCUGUUCCACUCGCCGGGGCCCGCGCCAGCUACGGGGCUGUCCCCGGCUCUGGCCCGGCUGCACGUGUCCGCCCCGGACCUGCGCCUCUGCCGGGCCCCAGACAGCGACACGGCCUCGUCGCCCGACUCAUCGCCCUUCGGCUCCCCGAGGCCCGGCCCCGGCCGGCACCGGCAGCCCUCGCUGUCCCCCGGGGCCAGCUCAGCGGACACCAGCCCGUACGCGCCGCGCCGCGCGGGGCCGCCCACGCCGCCGCUCUUCCACCUGGACUUCCUGUGCUGCCAGCUGCGGCCCACCAAGGAGAGCGUGCUGCGCCUGGAGCCGCGCGGCGGCCAGCUGCGCCUCUCCGCCGAGUACCAGGCCGGGCCCGCGCGGCUGCGCCUGCGCCUGGUCAGCGCCGAGGGCCUGCCCCGGCCGCGGCCCGGCCCCGGCAGCGGCGGCGGCGGCUGCUGCGUGGUGCUGCGGCUGCGGCCCCGCGUCCGGCCGCGGGCCCAGCGGAGCCGCGUGGUCAAGUGCAGCGUCAACCCCAUCUUCAACGAGGACUUCUUCUUCGACGGGCUGGGUCCGCCAGACCUGGCCGCCCGCACCCUGAGGGCCAAGGUGCUGGACAGGGGCGCGGGGCUCCGCAGGGACGUGCUGCUGGGGGAGUGCGAGACGCCCCUUAUCGUCCUGCUGCCCCCCUUGGGUGGGGGGCUAGGUCCAGGGUCCUCACUGGCGCCAACCCAUCUCAGCCUGUAGACGGGGAGGAGAGGUGGGACGGGGAGCCUUCCUCCAGGGAUCGCCACCGCGUCCUCCAGGGAUCCGCACCGCGUCCGUGGCCCUCAUUCCACUCCACCUGCCGGCGUGUAUUUAUUUUUGCUAAUAAAAUGCCAAUUUG